UCCUCCCUGGGAAGCCGCGGUUUCCCACCAGGACCCGCUUAGGCAGGUACCACCCUCUGGACCAGACUCAGCCUGGAUGUAGGAAGGGAAGCCUCUUGAAGGAGGAGGCUGUGGCAUCACUGAGUCCCAGGACUCUACCCUGGGGGCUUCCGCUUAGCCCCGGAUGUGGGAAGGGAGGCCCAGGAUGCCAAGGGUCUUAGCCAAGACAGGAAGCCCCAAACCCAGAGGCCUUAAAGAGAGAGCUGAGGCAGGAGUGUGGAUUUCAUGUCCAAAAUUUGGCCUGCUGAGUCCACGGAGAGGCACCUACAGGAUGAAAGCUGUCUCCCUCCUCCUCCUGCCGCUCCUGGGGCUGCUGGUGUGGGGCAAGUCGCUGUGUCCCGUGGAUAAUGCCAUCAGUGACAAGAUCCGGGAAGUCACCAGCUCCCUAAUUCCUGAGACAAGAAGGAACAUUGGCCUGGAAUGCUGGAGUGUCACCUCCAGGGGGGACCUGGUCACCUGCCCCUCAGGCUUCGCGGUCACCGCGUGCACCUGUGGCUCCGCCUGCGGCUCCUGGGACGUGCGCACCGAGACCACGUGCCACUGCCAGUGCGCCAACAUGGACUGGACAGGAGCUCGCUGCUGUCGCCUGCGGGCCGAGUAG